AAUUUUUUGUUUUAAAUUAAAUAAAUUUUAUUUUUCAUCUCAGUACUAAAAUUCUCAGUUUCCUCUCGGCCAAAGUGUUCAGCUUUCAACACCAAUUCAAUGUUCCACCAUAAUGCACGCCAUCUGAGAGCCACAGUGAGAGCGCCAGUUAUACCCAUGCAAAGAUACACAAUCUUUUAACUUGCGUUUGAGGAGAGCUCGUCUACCAACUGGCCGGGAGUAAUAAACGAACAACGGACGCGAAUUCAUUUCGGUGUGGUCGCAGUUAUUUACGUGAACGUAUAGUAAAUUUUUUGCUUUUACAAUAAGUAAACCAACCUAGAUUUGUUUAUACAUAUUUUUUGCCGUUUUAUACACAUUCUAUCGCCUUCGAUUACCUACUAUGAUGGGCGUGGUAUCAGACUUUGGGCAGAUAGCUACUAAAUGGGAUUUAAAGAAUUUGGAAAUCCGUACAAUGACCGUGGAGAAAACGUUGGAGCCGUUGGUGUUGCAAGUGACCACUUUGGUGAAUACAACAGAGCCGAGCAAGAAGAAGAAGGGAAAAUCGAAACGUGCCAGCGCGCUUGUGGCAUCCAUUGAAAAAGCUACUGAAAAUUUUGUCAUCAAAGGUGAACAAAUCGCAUAUGAAAAUCCGGAUAUUACUCAGGAAAUGUUGGCCGCUGUGGAAGAGGUACGUAAAACUGGUGAUGCAAUGAGUAUGGCUGCCAGGGAGUUUGCUGCCGACCCCUGUUCUUCGCUGAAGCGUGGCAACAUGGUACGUGCUGCACGUAAUCUACUCUCCGCUGUCACCAGGUUACUCAUAUUAGCGGAUAUGGUUGAUGUACACUUGUUGCUGAAAUCCUUGCACGUCGUCGAGGACGAUCUGAAUAAGUUGAAGAAUGCCUGCAGCCAGGACGAGCUAUUGAGUAACAUUGAACAGUUUGGUGAAAAUGCUGGUGAGUUAAUUAAGCAGGCUGCUAAACGUCAACAAGAGCUAAAGGAUCCCCAAUUGCGCGACGAUUUGGCUGCAGCUCGUGCUAUGCUCAAGAAGCAUUCAACAAUGUUAUUCACCGCUUCCAAAGUAUAUGUGCGUCAUCCUGAAUUGGAUUUGGCUAAGUUGAAUCGUGAUUUUAUAUUGAAAGAAGUGUGCGCAGCUGUGAACACCAUCAGUGAUGUGGCUCAGGGUAAAUCCUCACAACCAACUGAAAUCUAUAGUGGCGCUGGUGAAUUAGCAGCUGCAUUAGAUGACUUCGAUGAGGGUAUCAUGAUGGAUACGUUGACUUACAGUGAGGAGCAUUCCCGACAAUUACUGGAAGAGCGUUUGGAAAGCAUCAUUAGUGCAGCCGCAUUGAUGGCUGAUGCAGAUUGUACGCGCGAUGAACGACGUGAGCGCAUAGUUGCUGAAUGUAAUGCCGUACGUCAGGCGCUGCAGGAUCUACUCUCCGAGUAUAUGUCAAAUAUGGGACAAAAAGAUCAUACACCCGGCUUGGAUAGAGCCAUCGAUCAAAUGUGUCGCAAAACUCGCGAUCUCCGCAGACAACUACGCAAAGCAGUCGUCGAUCACGUAUCAGAUUCAUUUUUGGAGACAUCUACACCACUGAUUGAUCUUAUCGAGUGCGCCAAGACGGGUAAUGAGGUGAAAUUGCGUGAGAAAGCCGAUAUAUUUACCAGACAUGCUGAAAAACUGGUGGAAGUCGCAAACUUGGUAUGCAGUAUGUCGAAUAAUGAGGAUGGUGUGAAGAUGGUACGUUUUGCAGCAUCUCAGAUUGAGAGUCUCUGUCCGCAAGUUAUCAACGCUGCUUCCAUACUUUGCGUGCGCCCAAACUCUAAAGUGGCACAGGAAAAUAUGUCAGCGUACCGACAGGCCUGGGAAGCGCAGGUGCGUAUACUCACCGAAGCCGUUGAUGAUAUUACAACUAUCGAUGAUUUUCUCGCUGUUUCCGAGAAUCAUAUACUCGAAGACGUCAACAAAUGUGUUAUGUCACUUCAAAUGGGUGCGCCACAAGAGCUACGCAGCACAGCAGGCGCCAUACAAGGACGUUCGGCGCGUAUUUGCGAUGUUGUUGAGGCUGAAAUGGACAAUUACGAGCCUUGCGUUUACACAAAACGCGUAAUGGACGCAGUCAGAGUACUCAAGGAGCAGGUGAUGGCCAAUUUUGCACAACGCGUUGAUACCGCCGUCGAUGCGUUGGUGAACAAUUGCAGUCGUGAUGUGGACGAGAAUGACUUUAUCGACGCCUCACGUUUGGUCUACGAUGGCGUGCGCGAGAUACGACGCGCUGUGUUGAUGAACCGCAACUCUGAUGAGUUAGACACCGACACAGAGUUCGAACCGGCUGAGAAUACAAUGUCGGAAACACGCAGCAAAUCGAGUGCGCAGGAUGGCGGCCCUACCGUGGAUGAGUACCCUGAGAUUAGUGGUAUUUGCACAGCACGUGAAGCUAUGCGUAAAAUGACUGAAGAAGACAAGCAGAAGAUUGCCCAACAAGUAGAGCUCUUCCGACGUGAAAAACUCACCUUUGACUCUGAGGUGGCUAAAUGGGACGAUGCUGGCAACGAUAUCAUCUUCCUGGCUAAGCAUAUGUGUAUGAUUAUGAUGGAAAUGACAGAUUUCACACGUGGACGCGGUCCGCUCAAGACCACCAUGGAUGUUAUUAAUGCAGCUAAGAAAAUCUCUGAAGCUGGCACGAAACUUGACAAGCUGACACGUGAAAUAGCCGAACAAUGCCCUGAGAGUAGCACCAAAAAGGAUCUGCUCGCUUAUCUACAACGUAUCGCACUCUAUUGUCAUCAAAUCCAGAUCACAUCCAAAGUCAAGGCGGAUGUACAGAAUAUAAGUGGCGAAUUGAUAGUCUCCGGUUUGGACAGUGCUACUUCCUUGAUUCAAGCAGCCAAGAAUCUCAUGAACGCUGUUGUGCUCACCGUUAAGUAUUCGUAUGUAGCAUCGACGAAAUACACUCGGCAAGGUACAGUCACAUCGCCCAUUGUGGUUUGGAAGAUGAAGGCGCCCGAAAAGAAACCACUCGUACGCCCAGAGAAGCCGGAAGAGGUGCGUGCUAAAGUGCGUAAGGGAUCACAGAAGAAGGUGCAGAAUCCAAUACAUGCGCUCUCGGAAUUCCAAAGUCCUGAUGGUGCGGUUUAAGAUUUGAACAUAUUUAAGGAAAAUCAUACAACCUAUAAUGUAUGUAUGUAAUAGGUAUUAUCAUUAUUAUUAUUAUUAUUAUUAUAAUAAAGUAGAGGUAUUAGAAUUCAUGUCCACUUGCAAAGUUUGACUGAAUAAAUAUGAAUAAAGACAGGAAA